ACGAUUAAACUUUUAAAUACAGACGUAAAUUUUCUUUCUCUAUCAGAAAAGGAGAAAUAAUAAAAAUCUAUUAAAAGAAAACUGCAAUGCCUCGUUUAAAGCCUACAACCAAAAUAGAUGUUAUUGGUAAUUUGGAUUUGAGUCCUGAAAAGGCCGUUGGGGAUUAUAUAGAAUCAAAACAACAAGAUGCCUUCUUUGUCAAACCUCCUAAUUGGGACUCGGCUGGAGAUUCUGUGGAAUUAUUAUUUAUACGCAAUGAACGUGAACAUGCCGCCAUGCUACGACUGCAGGAGGAAAUGUUGGAAAAUGCUAAAAGGCAAACGGCCAGUAAUGCCAGUCGCAUACGCAAAUUAUAUAAAAUUCAUGGAGAUCUACGUAAACGUUUUAUAGAGGUCAAUAGUUUUAUUAAAGAUUGUGUGGAUAAGAAACGUAUAGCCGAGAAAAAGGUGGCUGAAGAAAUGGCCAUGCAAGAGGUGAUCAAAGAGGAUAUAAAGAAAUACAAAAAUAGUAUCGAGGAGUUAGCUCAAUUCCGUGAGGUACUCAAGGCCACCGUCAAAGAAUUUGAACCUUAUGAAAAAGUUCUACAGGAAGUUGUAGAUAAGUCUGAUAUCUUUGUAUCGGUCAAAGAUUGCAUGGAUCGUUGUGAUGCUUUAAUGUUGGCCCAAGUGGAAAUAUCCCGCUUGGAACAGCAAAAGAUCCAAGAAAUUGAAGAAAUGCGCAAACGCAUGGUUAAGAUUACCAAUGAGGCUGCUCUAACGGUAUUAGGUUUGAAAAACGAUUUGGCUGAGUUGGAGCGUUCGUAUAAUCAGGCGCGUGCUGAAUGUUCAAAAUGGGAGAAAAUUAUGGCCAAUGCUAAGAAUACGGUAGCAAAUCAUGAUUUGAAUAAGGAUCGAUCUUUAGAUGGCGUCCACUAUAUGUAUCGUUUGCUGUGUAAGAGGAGGAGUGAGUAA